AACAGCUUGCUUCUCUGGACAUUUUUAGAUGGUUGGUAUUUAGCAUACUGGCAGAUAAAACACACAUAAACCUGUGAAGAAUCAUUUUUUGGGGGGGAACAUUUGAGGUGAGUGUAUGAAUUAUUAUUGGCAGUGGGCAGAAUCUGACCCAAGCCUGGCCAAAUGGGUGGGUUUUGUGUUUGUGUGUGCGUGUAUUUGUGUGUGUUUGCGUUUGUGUGUUUGUGUGAGAGUGUGAGAGUGUUCGCUGCAUGCAUAUUAAAUUGUUUUUAGAACUCUGACGAUUGCUGAACUUGGAUUUGUGUAUACUGAACAAUUGUAUAUUUUAAACAGCUCACACAUACAUUUUAAAGAUACAUUGAUUAGCUUAAACAUAUACAGCUUAUGUAAAUUGAGUAAAAAUAUUAUCUUUCUCUCUCUUUCUCUCUCUCAUGCGUACACAAACACAGACACGCAAAAACACUGAAUCCGUAACAAAAUCCCCUAAAGGUUUUUUGGGCUUCACAUGUGUACACCAACAUACAUACAAAGUUUCACAUAUGGUCUUACAGAACUCUGUAUGGUACAUGCACUUUACACACACUCACUCACAAGCUCAAACAGGGCUAGCUGUGUUAGUAUGGCACUCAUGUUUCCCACACACAUCCUGUGGAUAAAUUGAUGUAUGUGUGUGAUAUUACCUUGAGAGGAAAACUGGCCAGAAACGAGAGAUUCAUUGGAAUGUUUAUUUGAGUGCCGACCUCAAGUCAAAGACCCUCCCAGAACCCCAAACUAAUACACAUACACAUUGCAUAGAUCAAGGUAUGUUUGUCUUUCCUACCCAAACUGUAAUUUUUGUUGCAAUUAUUCCACCCCCUCCCCAACUCUUAUAGACACACCUUAUGUAUGGGGGAAGUCUCUAGACCUACCGUAAGUGUAUCUGUUCUUACAUGCACUGAUAACCUGAGAGUCUCUCACUCUGUGUAAAUCAGUGUGCAGUCGGUUGCUGAGACUGUCAUUAGAUCUCUUGCUACACACAGUAUGGCGUUUCUUCUGUUUGUGAUGCUACUGUGCAUCUUAGGAGCUCAAGCUACGAUGGACCUUCCAUAUCCUGCUACCAUUGUAUCAAGCAAUUGUAAGGCCAAGCCUACUGACCUGGUGUUCAUCAUCGACAGCUCUCGGAGUGUGCGACCCGCUGAGUUCGAAAAGGUCAAGUUGUUCCUCAACAAGAUAAUAGAGGGUCUGGAAGUGGGGCCUGAUGCCACUCGUGUGGGUGUUGUGAACUAUGCCAGCAAAGUAAAGAAUGAGGUGUCACUGAAGUCCUACAAGGCGAAGCCUGCACUGAUCAAGGCCGUAUCAAAGAUCGAGCCACUCUCCUCUGGCACCAUGACUGGCUUGGCCAUCCAGUUUGCCGUGCAUGUAGCCUUCAGUGUGGCAGAGGGUGCACGUGCCAAAUCCUCUGAUGUCAGCAAGGUAGCAAUCAUUGUGACAGACGGGCGGCCACAGGACAAUGUGCAAGCCGCUGCUGCAAAGGCACGGGAGUCAGGCAUUGAGAUAUAUGCCAUCGGUGUGGGCCGAGUGGACAUGAACACACUGAAGCAGAUAGCCAGUGACCCUCUGGAUGAGCACACGGAUUAUGUGGAGAGCUAUCAAUUCAUUGAGAAGCUCACCCAGAAAUUCAAGGAAGCCUUUUGUGUGUCCGACUUGUGCGCAACAGGUGAUCAUGACUGUGAGCAUUUUUGUGUCAGCAUACCUGGAUCGUUCAAGUGUGCCUGCCGGGAGGGCUACACACUCAAGGAAGAUGGCCGUUCCUGCGGUGAUUGCAUUGAUGCUGUCACAGAUGUGGUCUUCCUGAUCGAUGGAUCAAAAAGUGUAAGGCCAGAGAACUUUGAGCUGGUGAAGAAGUGGAUCAACCUGAUUGUUGACAGGCUGGAUGUGUCAGAAAGAAAUACCCAUGUCGGUCUUGUGCAGUACUCUAGCACUGUCAAGACGGAGUUUCCUCUCGGAAAGUAUAACAACAAGAAAGACAUCAAAGACGCUGUGAGGAAGAUGCCCUACAUGGAGCGUGGAACCAUGACUGGCCUGGCUCUCGAUUACAUGGUGGAUAAAAGUUUCAGCGUUGAACAGGGCGCCAGGCCUUUGGCUGCCAAAGUGGGCAUUGUCUUCACUGAUGGCAGGUCACAAGACUUCAUUGGAGAUGCGGCACAGAAGACUAAGGACAAGGGCAUCAGGGUCCUUGCUUUAGGAGUCGGAAGUGCAGUUGAGGACGAGUUAAAGAAAAUUGCCUCUGCUCCUGUGAAUUAUUUCUACUCUCCUGACUUCAAAGACAUAAUCGAGAUUGGAAAAAAAUUGCAAAUCACCACUUGUCCAGAUGAGGAUCCCUGUGAAUGUCAGUCUCUUAUGAAGUUCCAGAAAAAAGUGGAUGAUGCUCUCCAGGCAUUAUCAAAGAAAUUAGAUGCAAUAACAAAAAGGAUUGCUGCUCUGGAGAAAAAAAUUGUGUGAGAGAUGAGCACGCAGCUCCCUGUCAAAGCCUCAUCUCACUCUCAUUUUCACUCACUACUGCUGAGACACCUCUUGUGAAGUCUGACUUCUGUUCCUGCCUUUUGCUUUGGUUUUCUCACUACAUCUGCUUUAAAUCACUAAAUUUCCCAGGGCUGAAGCACUGAUCAUCAUGGUGGAUCAUCAUUAUUUAUACAUGAUUUCACUAUUACAGUGAAGAGAUGUGUGCAUGUUAAAUACAGAUACUGAAGGACGCAUUAUAAUAUCCUUAAAAAUUAUUAUAGAAAAUGCACAUCAACAAGUGCUCUUGUACCAUCAGCUCAUCCCUAUAAUGAAAAUACACUUUGCAGUUUAAAGGCCUCUACCCUCUCUUCACUCUUUUACCAUAAGCUCUAUUUUGGUUAUUUUAUCUGUCACUCAUUCUUCUAUCUGUCAGUGAAUCUUCUUCUUUCAUUUCAAAUUAUGCCCAAAAAGAAAGAUAUAUUGGAUUUUAUAUGGUAAAUAUAUA